AUGGACGCCUCCUCACACCUACAAGAAGGGCUUGGCCUCCGCAUGGCGAGUUUCGAGACACCAACAAAACCAUGUCACACCUGCCGGCGGAAACGCUUGAGAUGUGAUCGAUCUCUUCCAGUUUGCAAUAAGUGUAAUCAGACAGGCCAAGAAUGCCUUGGAUAUCAAGGGCUGUUCCUUUGGAACAAAGGUGUGGCAAGCCGUGGGAAGAUGAUGGGGAAGACGUUUGAGGACAUGAGGCUGAAGAAGAUGAAGCUGGCACCGGCCACACCUGGUUCUCUGUCUUCGACCAACACUUGCCAGAAGGUAGGGCCUGUAGUGGUAUCCUCCAGGAACGCUGCUCUCUAUUCCGACUAUCCAGGAGCAGUAUUCGCUCAACGUGCUACUCCAGCCUCGGGCGCCUCGGCAUCUGCUACCCCUCCACCAGCAGAUACUUCUAUGCAGUUAAUCAGCCAAGCAGAACAAGACGCUCAGGUGUCUCACAAACCCAUUGAAUUGACUCUAUAUUGGUCUCUGACCGAUCCGCUCUUCCAAGACUUGGAUCAAGAUUCCAAAUCCUAUCUUGCGCAUUUCAGUAAUUAUGUGUGUAAGGAUCUUGUGAUCUACGAUCUUCCCAACCAGAAUCCCUUCCGUGAUCUCAUCCCGUUAACGACAGAGCAUGCGGUGCUCCUCUACAUCAUUAUUGCAAUCUCGGCCCUCCACAUUUCGAAUGCUUCCCGGGCAAGUAUACUGACGAAGGUCAUGCCGUCACCUUCGCCCAACCCCGAUCAAAGCAUCCAAAUGCAUGAUUACGUUUCUACGAGACUCUCAGAGAAUCGACCAACCCAUGCCUAUCAAGACGCUCUGAUGGCUAAACACCGUGCUCUUCAACUCCUUAAUCGUGCUCUUAACGAAAUAAAACAGGUAAACUUGGACAUCAUUCUGGCAUCUGUACUCCUCUUUAUCGAAUUCGAGCUUAUCGACUCUGGUAAAGAUGAUUGGAGAUUGCAUAUCAAUGGGGCCAGAAGGCUCAUUGAGUGUUUGGAACCAUUGCCUAAUAUCGAAAAUUCCUCGAUGACCUCGCUGCGUAGGUGUUUGGUUUCAAAUUACUUGGUAUAUGACAUCCUUGGAUCAACUGUGGCAUGCUCAAGGGCAUCAGAAAUACCGCAUUGCGGCUCUCUCGAUGUUGUCUCGAUACUCAGAUAUGCAGAAGCCAACAACUAUCUCUCGUGCCCGGCAAUCCUUCUUCAGAUAGUACUCUCUGCGCCGCAGUUAUUACAAACUAUCCCCAGAACUUCAACUAUGCAGUUGAAGACUAGCUGCCAGGUAGAGCAGGCUUUUAUUCUAUUGCAGGCUGCUCAAUCUUUUGAUGCCCUGGCCUGGGCCACGGCUUUACAGCAUAUAUCGCCGCACAGCGAUCUCGAAAAUCGCAGACAUAUCGCAUCCGCACACAAAGCGGCCGUCUGCAUCUACGUUUCUCGUCUUCUUCUAUCUACUUCCUUGGCCUCUGAAAUUCCUGAGAAUCUCGAACACCUGGUGUCAGACAUCGUCCAUCACCUCUCCUUCAUCCCUGCUGGGGACGCUCUCUUUAAGUCCACUUCCUGGCCCACUUUUAUUGCAGGCGCAGAGACCAAGGUUCUGGAACUACAAGCCUGGGCGAUGACGCGACUUCAUGCGCUGUGGGAGCUCCUACCAUGGGGCUACAUUCGUAGUGCCAUGGAGAUACUGGAAGUGAUAUGGCAGAAGAGAAGCAUUGCCAUGCGCACUGCUACAGACACUGUUGACUGGGUUCAGGAACUGAGAAUGCUAGACGUUAAAUUGCUCAUUGCGUAA